AUGAAGACUUCUCAAAGUAGACAGAAAAGUUACCAUGAUAAGCGGCGGAAGGAUUUGGAAUUUCAGGCUAGUGAUCAUGUGUUUUUGAGAGUCACGUCGAUGACUAGUGUGGGGGGAGCAUUGAAGUCUAAGAAGCUCACUCCUUGUUUUAUUGGAUCGUAUCAUAUUUCGGACAAGGUUGGAAAUGUGGCGUAUAGAGUGGCGCUACCGCCGAAUCUUUCGAAUUUACAUGACGUGUUUCAUGUGUCGCAACUCUGUAAGUAUAUUUCUGAUCCGUCUCAUGUGAUUCAUAUGGAUAAUGUGCAAGUACGGGAUAAUCUCACGGUGGAGACAAUGCCGGUACGAAUUGAGGAUCAUGAAACGAAAAACGCUUAG